AUGAGGUCAGGAUUCCAUUUCCGAUCUUGUUUAUUCACCGCAAACCUCCGUGAACAUAUUUUCCUUGCUUCGACUGCUGCAGAUGCUACAAAUGGAAUCUGCCGUGAUGAUCAUCUGUUGCAGCUCAAAUGUUUGGCCAGCUACAUUCUACAGUUAUCACUUCUGGAUUACGUUGUGCUUCAAUAUGCACCGCAGCUAGUUGCGGCUUCUGCCGGUUUCUUGGCCAGAUUUAUUCUCUCUCCUUCAGACAAACCUUGGGAUGCUAAAUUAAGGGAAUACACACUAUACCAGCCCUCUGAUUUAGAGGAAUGUAUUAAGCUAGAGGAAUGUGUUAAGGCAUUGCAUCGUCUCUACCGCAACGAAGGUGGUGCUAGUUUGAGUGCAAUCGCAGCCAAGUAUAGUCAGUCGAAGUACUGUUCUGUGUCAAAGAGGGAGUGCAAAGCAACAAUUCCAGAGCAGCUCUUCUGGGCUGUGUGA